AUGUCCGCACUCAAAGGAUUGAUGGGCAAGGCGUCGAACGACGUGCGGACUGAUCACAAUUGGAAUCGCAUUGCUCAGGUUGGCAAGACCGGCGCACGAGCCUUACCAUCAGGUUCAUUGCAAUACGUCCUGAACAAAGCUCCGAUCGUCUCUUGGCUGCCCAGAUACAACUGGCGAUGGCUGGUCAACGACUUGAUCGCUGGUAUUACCGUGGGUUUGAUGCUCAUUCCUCAGAGUCUUUCAUACGCCAAACUCGCCAAAAUCCCCGUUGAGAAUGGGCUUGCGGCGUCAUGGUUUCCAGGAGUUUUGUACGCCAUCAUGGGCACCACCAAAGAUCUAAGCACUGGUCCCACCUCGCUCAUCGGUCUUCUUACAUCGGAGCAAGUCGAUCAUUUCGCCCCUGAGGACGGAGACUCAUCCGUCACUCCUGCACAAGUUGCCUCUGCCAUGGCCUUGUGGAUGGGAGUUUUUGGUAUGAUCCUUGGAUUCCUCAACCUCGGCUUCCUGCUGGAUUUCAUAUCGCUUCCAGUCCUCUCUGGCUUCAUUUCCGCCGUAGCCAUGACUAUCAUACUGUCUCAGAUACCUUCUCUGCUGGGCGAAUCAAAGGGCACUGCAGACGACACUGCAGGGAAGAUUCAUGAUGUCUUCGCCAAGCUUCCAACCGCCAAUGGUUACGCCUGUGCGAUUGGCUUCACUGGACUUCUCUUUCUUACAGUAAUUGAGAAGUGUGGUAAGCGUUGGUCGGACAAGAACAAGUUCGUGUGGUUCAUGACAAUCACUCGGGCAUUCACUUGCUUGGUCCUCUAUACCGGCAUCAGCUACGCCGUCAACAAGAAGUACGACGACAACGACGACUAUCUCUUCAAUGUCGCUCAGGUCUCAGCCUCGGGCAUACCGAAGCCUGAGCUACCUCCCAGCAGCUUGAUCACUGCCCUCCCUGGACGUAGCAUCGCGGUGUUCAUCGGAGCUGCGAUAGAAAGUACUGCCAUCGCUCGAGGCUUCGCCGUGAGGAACAACUACAGCUGCGACCAGACUCAAGAGCUAGUGUAUUUUGGUAUCGUCAACUUUGCAAACUCAUGGUUUCACGCUAUGGGUGUCGGUGGAGCUAUGUCGCGCACAGCGGUAAACUCCGCUUGCAAGGUCAAGUCUCCUCUAUCAGGCAUCUUCACCACUGCCGUUGUCUUGAUCACACUCUACUUUAUCUCAGGAGCACUCUACUGGGUUCCUAGUUCGACACUCGCAGCAAUCAUCAUCUGUGCUGUCUGGCCUCUCAUCAGCUCACCGAAAGUGUUCUACACCUACUGGAAGACUUCUUUGGCCGACUUCAUUGCCUCAAUGAUUGCUCUCUGGGUCUGCCUAUUCGAAAGUACUGAAAUCGGAAUCGCCGCAGCAGUGGGAUUCAACAUCGUGUACAUCCUUCUCCGCCAGGUCUUCACACGUGUCACUCACGCGAGCGAUGACUCUCCUUUGGAACUGCAACAUCAGCUCGUGCCCAGUAACUCAUCGGCAGGUGCGGACGGCAUACCUGAGGGCAUCAGAGUCUUCCGCUUCAACGAGUCAUUCUUCUUCGCUAACGCAUAUCGCGUGGCCAACUCGAUGACUGAUGCUAUCAAGACUUACCACUCUCCGCAUCACAGCUCAUCCUUUGGCUCUGAAGCGGACAGGAACUGGUCUGUCGCAGGCGAAAAGCGCAUUGCACGACUUCGCCGCCGCGCUGGUAUCACAAACCCUUCCGAGCUGCCCCCGGUACAAGCUGUUAUUCUUGACUUCGCGAAAUGUAACCACAUCGACGCUACAGCUGUCACGCAGCUCAAGACUUUCCUCAAAGAGCUUUCAAAGUACGGCGGACCCAGUACGCAGUGCAGAUUUGUCGGCAUGACGAAAUAUGUGCGUGAGAGAUUCGAAAGAGCGGGAUUCCUCAUCCUGGAUGAAGAGGGUGGUGUCUCCCCAGCGCAAGCUACUGCUGCUGGAGAGGGUGCUGUUGCCGUGCGAGUUUAUCCUUCUGUGGCGCAAGCUAUCGCUGUGAGGCCAGAAUCACCAGAUGUCAUCGACUUUGAUGAGAAAGAGAAGAUGGACGUUGAUGUUGAGGAAGUUGAGAACAGGUCAAGGUAG